AUGGGGAUGCUCAUAUUAGUAGAUUGCCACUUUUCAAAGGUUUUAUGUGUUGGCAAGCAAUGUGGUAAAGAUGGUCAGGAAAGAAUGCAUGUUAGCAGGGCAAAACCACGAUCGGAUGUGAUUUCAGUUUUUUCAUCACAUUCAAACGACGUACCUAGUGUCACAGGAGAAGGCCACCAGAAGUUGCUCUUCUUUCUUUUUCAGGUCAAAAUGGCGUUUGCAGUGAGUGCCAGGCUUGGAGAGGCAUGGCAGGGCAUGCUUGUGUUUGGUUUAAUCACGAUUUGGGUUGUGCUUGGUACUGUACAACAUCAGCCAAGCUCACAGACAUCUGUGCAGUAG